AUGAGGCUUUGGAUACUUCAUGUUUGGCUUGGGUUCGCAGCAAGCUGGGUGGUCACUGCGGAGGAUAGCAGUUGUGAAGAGUUUGCCGGAAAGCGUCUCUCUGCCUGGCAGAUUGCCAAAAAAGCUCUUUGGGACCGGGUUCGCGGAGCUUCCCUUGAGAUUUCAAUGCAGGAAGGUGCUUUGAUGCAGCUUUCGGUGGAGGUUGAAGGUAUUCCAGGAGCAGCGCAAGAUUGCCCCCUUGGAAUGUUAUCAAUUCAGCUGUUUUUGCUGGACAUGCUCAGGGUACUGCCAAAGAGCUCCCAGCAGACGGAGAUCGCUGCCUGGUUUGAAAGGCUCAUCAAUCAAGCUAUUUUUCAGAUUCAAUGGUCUGAUGUUAUCCGAUCUGGGUGGCCAAUCUUUGGGCUAUUGGCACGCCUUUCUCGGCUUUCUCAACCUGUUCAGUUGGAUAGAGACAUUUGGAGGAGGAUAAGGCCCACAGGCAUACCUGUUCCCAUCGACGAGAUACAGGCUCAACUGCAACAUGCAAUCAACUUGGAACUGGCCGAGGCUGGCCAUUCUUCUCACAUACUGUUGAAGAGUUUUUUCAGCCCCGAUUCCACAGCGCUGUGGAGCGACAUAUCUUCGCAAGGGCAAGAGUACAUCCUGAAAGAGGCUUCUUUGAAAGACGACCAGCUGCAUAGUUUGGCGUAUUAUUUUCUCAGGCACUUGAGGACAGAAUUUGCAGGUUUUGCUGGCCCUGUGGAUCCUUUCCUCCGCAGUAUCCUAGGGCUGAGCGAGGAACAGCAUCGUUCCACAUUGAGCUGUUGGGAUGUGGGCGCUGCACCCGUUCCCCGGAAUACCAAGGGUGAGCGACACAAAGUUGUUGAGCAUCCAGAACAGGAUGUUUGGCAAAUCUGUCAUCACCACGGCCUAGCAACGCGUGCGUUUGAGCCCUCUGAGAUGGGAUUUCAACGGCUGAUUGCAUCUUCUACAUCUUUGCAAGAUCAUGGGUCGCUCGCAAUACAUCGGCUGGCCGUAUCCAACAUCACUGGGCAGGCUCACUUCAAUCGUGGUGGUCAGGUCACUGGGUCUUUGGGUAGUCGAGGAUGUGGACACUGGCUGAGCUCCGAUGAGUGCAAGGACCCCAACACCUGGGAAGUCGUCAACGUGACCACUGUGGAUGCUUUGCUGGGCGCCGAUGGGAUAUUGGACAUUCUGAAGGUCGAUGUUGAAGGCCACGAGUGGCAGAUACUUCAAGGGGCCCAUCGCGCACUCUCAAGUGGCAGGAUUGGCUUGAUAAUCCUUGAGUAUGGUGACAAAUGGUCGUCUGAUACAUCCCAGGCUGCGCUGCAAUUCCUGUCCACGUUCCAUUCUGCUACGUCCGACAAAGAGGUUCCAGAAGUGCCAACAUUGCGUUCGGUCAUGCAGUUCAUGGAGGCACUCGGAUAUGAAGGUUAUUUUGUCGGAUCAAAGACCCCAUUGCCAAUCACCGGGGUGACACGACCGCAGUCUGGAGAAGAAAGUUCAUCUAGUCUGAGUCAACUUAAAGCACUUGCUGAAUCCUGCAAUUCAAAAGAUGGUAGAUUGGGAUGGUUUCGAGACAAAAAGCUGCGCGUAUGCUUUGAGUUCAACUGGCAUCCAGUCCAGUUCUUGGAGUUCUGCUUUGAAUGGUUGCCACAGUCCAGGAUGCUUGCUAAGCCGCCUCCGCGGUCAGCACCUGCAAAGCCAAUUCCGUUGAAAGAACAGGCGAAGCCAAAGGUCUUCAAAUACCCCAAGAGGCCGGCGGUUGGUAAGGUGCGGCCACCUGAGCCCAAAGUCCUGCCUCGAGCGCCGCAUAGUUUGCAACUUCCUGUCAUGCCAACUUUGCAGCUGAAAGCAACAGGGCAGUCGUUGGCGAAAGGUCGCCCGCAGCCUCCUGCUCGGCCACCUGGACAGCUCCCAAGACCACCGCAGGAACCUCCGCCACCUGGACACUUGUUGGCGCGAGCGCAGUCUGACAUUCCAGAAUUGGCUUCGACAGGUUUUUCAGAGUUUUCAAGAAUGUCGCCGGGGACGAUUGGUCCCUUCGGCCUGACACUGCCCGAGCUGCCUCCCUUGCCGCAGGGCAAUUUGAAGGCUAUUGCGGAUGGCAAGCCUGCCCCUUCUCCUCCACCGAAAGGCUCCACUGGACCCAGGCCGCCAAAGACUCCGCCGCCUGUGAACAAGAUGUUCUUUGUGGCGCCAAAGGGAGUCCCAAUGGCAGUGCCUGCACUGCCGGCCCCUCCAAGCAAUCAACCAAGGGCCUGCCCUCCGUUGCCAAAGCUACCACCAACGAGGACAGUUGGCCAGCUGAGCACGAUUAGGUCCGGAGGUUCACCACAAGCUCCACCACCGGCUCCGCCCCCACAUGCAACUCCUCGCGUCAGACCUGCAGGCUUGGCAAAGUCCCCGGCAACAACGCCUAUGGCGGCUGCUCAAGAGGACCAUUUGCAGCGUGCAGCUUCCCUGCCUGGUGCAGUGAGCCCUGAAGAGGUUGUCGAGCCUAGGGCGGAGGAUGUUGAGCAGGAAGCUGCAAGAGCAGCACAGUUGGUCAGAGAUCCUGAGCAUACUAUGCCAGCACGGGACAACGAGGCUUCCUCAUCAAGCCCAAACAGGCGGCGAAGACCUGUGGUUGCGUCUGCAACGCGGGCUGAGCAAUUAGAGAUGGCGGAAGUGGACUUGCCAAAUAUCCCAAGAGCAGCAUCUUCUAAAUCAACAAUGCCGCUAGCACUUCCUAAAGGAAUGCAAGCUUAUUCACAAGAAGCGUCAGCUCCAGGAAGGUCUCCUCUUGCAUCUUCGCCAGUCUCGCUGUCGCCGGGGGCGGACAACUCUCCGCUUCGCUUAGCAGGGUCAAAUCUCAGGAUGGAUGUGCCAAAGCAAGCAUCUGACGUCCCAGCACCACAAGGGAAGCAUGCUGCACGUUUCGGAGUACCUGUUUCUCCCCCAAGCAAUCCGAAGGCUGCACAAGGGCCAGAAGCUGGUGACUCCAGCUCACUUGUCCGCCGGCUUCCCUCACAGACCAUGCCACGGCAUCCUCCAAAGCCACCUCCAAAGGUGCGAGGCAAAGCCUUGCUGCCAACACCGCCAUCAGGCCCUCCACCUGCUCAUGCAAUCGUCUUGCCCAAGGGGAAGCCUCAGGAUUUUGCUACCAGCAGUGAGCUGCAGGCAGUGGUGGCGAAAGCAAAGCCGCCUCCGCCUCUGGUCCAUCCGCCCUCUGAACCUUUGCCAUCCUUUGUGUACCGCGGGAACUCGCAAGCCCUGCAAACCAUAAUGGACAGCAGGGAGCGGGGCCCCAAGGCAUCAGCUUUGGAACCAUUGCCUCCAAAGGCACCUCCGCUCAAUGACACGAUGGCCUUUUCAGCCCUGCCUCCGAUUGUCAAAGAGUAUGUGCCACCCGAGAGGGGCCCAAAGCCGGUGCCCGAAUUCGUGGUGAAGGUUAGCGUGUGGACUGUCUAUCUUUUUGUGUUCUGGAUUUUUGUGUACAGCAUUUCCAUCAUUGGAUUUUAUGGGGUCUACAUGGCAAGCAGCAGUAUUUGGGCGACAUAUGCGGCUACGCUAUGCGGUUGUCUCCUAAACUUCGGGAUUUUGGAGAGCAUGAAGUGCAUAAUUCUGGGCUGCGUUGAGCUAGUGAAGCACGAAACGGUCCGGCGCCAGGCCGAACUUGACGCCCGAAGAACAAGGAUGGCCUUGAAGGAGCAGCGCCUGAAAGAACGACGCUCACGCUUGCAGGAAAUUCAGGACAUGCAUGUUUCACCUCCAUUGAUGGGCUGA